AUGUAUCGGAAGUUGUCUAAGUUAGAACACUCGGAAAUAAAACAACUUCUUACAGAAGCUAACAUAGAUGUUGCAAAACAUUACGCGACAAACAAAAAAGCACUCGCUGACUUCAUUAAAGACUACAAUGGUGAAAUAACUUAUGAUAGAGUUCAUGAGUUCAUAAAGCCGCAACGCGGUGAGGACGAAGUCCAUGCAAGAGCAUUUCCUUUAAAUGACGUUGCUAUUGACUUAUAUCAUAGACGUUCAGUACCUCAUGAAGUAAGAAGAGAAAUGUUUGACAUAACAAAUGCGAACGUUGGUCAUACUCGUAAAGCUCUUUCUCAUGACGUUCGUCAAGAGAUGUUUGAACUUACGAACUCAAACGUUGGUGAAACAAGAAGAGCUGUACCUCAUGAAGUAAGAAGAGAAAUGUAUGACAUAACAAAUGCAAACGUUGGUAAAACACGAAAGAGAGACGACACACUGAAACAACAGAGAAGAGAGAUGUUUAAAAGUGCUAUAGAACAAGUUCGCAAAGCUAACGAUGUCAUUCGUUCCAUUGACGACAAACCAAAAGAAGGUGAGAGAUGGUUAAAGAAAGAUGAAGAGAAUAGGAAGAGGAAUGUGAAGACAGGCAAUAGACUCAUUGACUUUAACAUCGAAGCUUUAGAUGAACCAAACAGAGACUACUUACACAAACAUUUCGGUAAGGUUUUCAUGAGACUCUUAGAGAAAAUUAAAAUAAACUCACAACAGAGAUGGAUGGUAUGUUAUAAACUUGGUGGAAAGUAUGAAUGUUCUACGUUAAACCUCAAUAAUAUUGGAACAUUACUACAUCAGCUCUUGAAGGAGAACUUUAUAUCAGAGAUAGAAGCAAAUGCUGCAGGUAUUGUUGAAAUGCACUAUGACUUCUUCUUGACAAACAUAAAGAAUCUUACCGAAAUAAAGAUGUAUGAUUUAACAGAAUAUGAAGGCUUAACGAUGUCAGAUGUAAAGAAAGGCAAACCAAAAAAGAGACCAUAUAGAGAUGAAAGCACACUGACAAAUGACCAGAAAGCCAUUUUGGAAGCUCUUAAGCAAACAGGAAACCCAGCACUUAUA